AUGUCGCACUCCUACGUCACCUGCAUCACUAAGAACUCAACUGAAUUAGCAGGGAAACUUCCCCAACUGGUUGUAAAGUUAGACAACAUUUCAAAAAGCCAGAAUAACACAACACCUGGUAACCUGCAAGCCUCACUUAAUAUCCUCCAUGCCUUUUCGACAGUCUCAAAUGUAUCUCUGGAACCGGUUGUUGUGGAGGGUUUCCUUUCCAUAGUGGAUUCGCUGGUCGAUGAAAGGGCACACUCUGCCUGGACCUCAGUGAAGAUUGAAAACAAAACAUUCAGCUCUCAAUUAUUAAAGUCAGUGGAAGACUUUACCAGAUUAUUAAAUCCACCUAAUCAAACUUUCAACAUCACUAAACCAAAUAUUCAACUAAAGGGGAUGAAGGUUGAGCCUGGCAAAGAUUAUCAAGUAGAUUUCAGUAAUACGAAAUAUAACAGAUCAGUAACGAAUAGUGUUUUCAUUAAGCAAAACAAGUUGGCGGCAUUGGCCAGCGGCAGUCUUGUUAUGAGCAUUGCAUUUCUAACAGUGAAUGAUAUCCUCAACCCACCACCUACAAGUAAUUUCAAAUUGAAUGGUCUUGUUGUAGCAACAACAACAGCUGAAGUCAAGCCAAUUGUCAUUACGAUGCAAUUCACGCCACUAGAUACCACACUCGCACCAGCAAGCGCACGAUGUGUAUUUUGGAAUCUCAAUAAUGGAAGUUGGGAUACAGAAGGGUGCAAGCAUGAAAUAAAUGGAACCAACAUUACAUGCCGGUGUAACCAUCUGACAUCCUUUUCUCUAUUGAUGUUGCCGAUAACAGACUUUGAGGUACUCCCUUGGUUGAGAGUGUUAAACUAUGUUGUACUUGGCACAAGUCAGGUCAGUUUGAUAAUUGGCAUUAUUAUAGAGGCAAUUGUAUGGAAGAACCUCACCAAAAAUACUACCUCACUUGCCCGUCAUAUUGCAAUACUGAAUAUUGUGGUCACUCUACUGAUAAUGAAUACAUUGUUCUUGAUCUGCUCGUUUCUGAAGCCAAAGGACAUAAGUUGUAAAGCGGUCAUUUUUUUAGCUCACUUCUUCUUGCUUGCUUUAUUUUUUUGGAUGUUCACGCUGAGCCUCCAAAUUCUUUACCAUUUAGUUUUUCUUCUCAGACAUUACAGGAGAUUAACAAUGAUGCUCAUCUCAUUUAUAUUGGGCUACAUCUGUCCAUUAUUAAUUGUUAUUGGUGUGUUUGUGAAAGGCUACUUCAAGGACAAUUAUUUUGAAAAGAAGAUUUGCUCGACUAAUUUGGUGGAAAGUAACAAUCCAUUUUGUUUGGUGUCACUGAUCAUCGGUGGAAUUAAUUUCCUCAUUACGUUCUUUGCCAUAGUUAAGGUACGGCGCCCAGCAAUUGGGGAGAAAUCUAGGAGUCAUCAAAGUGAUAACAAACCAGUCAAACAGAUUUUGAGAUGCAUUAUCAUCCUAACUCCACUCCUGGGUCUCCACUUGUUCCUUGGAUCAACAUUUCUGAUUGCAAGUACUGGAUAUAAAUUUAGUUCGAAAGAAAUCAUCGUAACUAUAUUUGAAAUUGUCGAUGAGUUUCAGGUAUGUAUUAUUUAAUGCCGCUAUACUUGUACAUUUUUUAAAUUGUAGUUGGUCAGAUUUAUGAAAAAUACACUGAACAUGCUGCUCAGACAUGAAAUAUUACAAGGUAGGUUAAUUGGCCGCUAUACAUUACCCCCUCUGUGAAAGUGAGUAGUAGCAUCAGUGGAUUGAUGAGAAUGUUGGGGGAAUAAAUAGUGGGAUGGAUGAAUGUAGGAUGGGUGUGAAUGGGCAGACGUGAUGGCUGUUUAGCAUGUUAUAAUCCUAUGUCUCAGUGUGGAAUUAUCAAAGAAAUAAGCAACGGCUAAUUUUGCAAUGUAGUUUAGGGAGCUGAGCUAGCACCUGCCGAAGAUACUCACACUGGGGUAUGCAAUAACCUACCUUGUAAUAUUUACUCAGGAAAGCACUCCAU